GGGCAACAGGUGUAGUGUGCAUAAUUUUUCCACCGACGCCAGAUUUGAUUACAGCGUCUGGUGCCUCAGCCACCGCCACCGCACCGCCACCGCCGCCGCCGAAUCGAAAACCUGGCCGUCUCCAUAUCCAUGUUCGUCUCUGAGGGGAGAGAAAUGACGUCGUCUGCUGGAGGGAUGUACAUGGCGUUCUCUCCCUCUCCCUCGGCUCCUCACUCUCCUCACCUUCCUGGUCUCCGCUCUCCCUCCUCUGCAUCUGCUGCUGCUCUACUCGAGCAAGAAAAGUAUCUCUCUGAGUUAUUGGCAGAGCGACAGAAACUUAGUCCGUUUAUGCCUGUGCUCCCUAAUAGUUACCGCUUGCUGAGCCAAGAAAUAUUGCGUGUAACCACACUAUUGGGGAAGGCAUCAGUUUUAGGUCAAAGUGGGCUUGAACAUGCUAGCCCCCUGGCUUCUGGAGGAAUAUUUUCAAACGGAGGCGCUGACAUGAAUGGAUGGCCAUCACGGUUUCAAUCAGAAAUGUCAGGUUUAUUACAACCCUCAUCAGCACAAAACUGGCUAAGUUCCCAAGGUAGUUCAUCAGGUCUUAUUGUGAAGAGAACCAUCAGAGUAGAUGUUCCUGUUGACAACUACCCUAAUUAUAACUUUGUCGGCCGCCUCCUAGGACCUAGAGGAAACUCUCUCAAGCGAGUGGAGGCAAGCACCGAUUGCCGAGUUUUGAUCAGAGGGCGUGGCAGCAUUAAGGAUCCAGCUAGGGAAGAAAUGAUGAGAGGAAAACCAGGUUAUGAGCAUUUGAACGAGCCCCUUCAUAUCCUAGUUGAGGCCGAAUUGCCAGUUGAAAUUAUUGAUGCUCGCCUACUGCAAGCCAAGGAGAUUCUCCAAGACUUGCUCAAACCAAUAGAUGAAUCGCAUGACUUCUACAAGAAACAACAGCUACGAGAGCUAGCCAUGCUUAAUGGCACACUUCGUGAAGAGGGUUCACCUAUGUCCAGUUCCGUGUCACCCUUCCACAAUAGCCUUGGAAUGAAGAGAGCCAAAACUAGGGGGUAAGUGGAACUGUUCCUUCAUAGAAGAGGCUUUUGGAGAUCGUUUUCUAGUGUCUGGGAGUAAUCAGCAGUCCCAUUCCGAGGUGUUGCCUGCAGCCAAUGCCUUCAACUGCAAUCGGGGCACUCGCACUCUUUCGUGCAGGUUCUUACUAAAAUUUAUGUGGUGUGUUUAUGUAAUAUUUGGAAGAGAAGGUAAUGUAAUGACAUGGAAAAUGUCAAGCAGUUAAGGAUUACUAGCGAUCUGGGGGGCUUGCUUAUAAGAUAUAUAUAUAUAUAUAUAUACAUAUAUAUAUAUAUAUAUAUAUUUGUUGCUUUAGCAGUUAAUGGUUUGAAAAAUCUCUCCAAAAAUUUUAUGUGUGUUAUUUACUAGGCUUUAUUUUUUUUUUUUAUAAGGUUAUGAUGGAAGUUCUGAUAUUAUAUAGGAUGGUGGGUUCUAUCGGACUUAAAAAAAGGGUUAAGGUUUGUAAGGGAAUGUGAGGCACAGGGCACAUUGAUUUAUUAAGUUGUCUUUUCUUUCUGUUGGGAGUGCUUUGUACUAGGAAGAGUAGAAAUCUUACCCCCCUGAAGAACAUUCUUUAUUAUUUCUUUCUUAUAUGAUCUAGAGAUUAAAAAGCAUUGGUCUAUUAUUUCCCCUU